AUGGUGCCAAAGGUGAAGAAGGAAGGCUCUGCCCCUCCUAGAGCUGAAGCCAAAGCGAAGGCUUUGAAGGCCAAGAAAGCAGUUCCAAAAGGCAUCCACAGUCAUAAAAAAAAAAAAAAGAAGAAGAAGAAGAAGAUCCACGCAUCCCCUACAUUCCAAUGGCCCAAGACAAGGUGUCUCGAAGGCAGCCCAAAUAUCCUCGAAAGAGCACCCCCUGGAGAAACAAGCUUGACCACAAGUUCCCUGACUACCGAGUCAGCCAUGAAGAAAAGAGAAGACAACACACUUGUGUUCAGUGUGGAUGUCAGGGCCAACAGGCAUCAGAUCAAACAGGCUGUGAAGAAGCUCUAUGACAUUGACAUAGCCAAGGUCAACACUCAGAUCAGGCCCGAUGGAGAAAAGAAAAGUUUGGCUCCUGACUAUGAGGCUUUGGAUGUUGCCAACAAAAUUCAUCCAGUAUCUGCAGUGUACGGCAGCCAGAGGCAGCCAGCAGCCCCUGGCGAUGCCAGGCAGCCCCUUUUCCCAGAUGGUUUUGUAGCAGAGUGUACUAGAGUGCCCCAGUGA